CACAACAAAAACCAAAAUCAGGGCAAACCUCGGGAAACAUCAUGGGAGUGAUGAAGGUAUGGGGGGUGGUGGUGAUCAUGGCUGUGAUUGUAACGGGAGCUGUGGAUGCAAACAGUACAUGUAAGACAGCUCUCAACUACCUGUCGCCCUGCAAGGCGUUCUUGGUGAAUGUAACCGAGCUCAUCCCAGACGAUUGCUGCCAAGGUUGUCUGUCACUGCAAAGACUCGUGAUAGGCCUGAAGUUCAACAGGAAGCAAAAGAUAGCACUUUGCAAGUGCCUCCAGAAAGAUGGGACUCAAAGUGGAGCUGAUGCUGACCGAGCCUUUCAAAUUGUUCAUACCUGCAAUGUCACCUAUUCACCUAUACUCACCGGGCCAGACGUGAAUUGCAGCAAAAUCUUUUAAAGUCGAAGAUUUAUCAGGUAGCCUAACAUGAAGAUGGAGAUCAAGAAGACGAUAUAAUCAUAAUAAGAAUUAAGUUGAAAUGCAAUAUAUAUAUAUAUAUAUAUAUUUGCAUUUCAUAGAAGUCUGUAUUUGAGCAAGCAAUUGCCUUAUAUAUGUAUUUAUAUAUGAAUGAAUGUAUGAUUUUCAAUUCUGUCCCGCUAA